AUGGGACAAAAAAUAAAUCCACUUGGGUUUAGACUUGGUACAACUCAAGGUCAUCAUUCUCUUUGGUUUGCACAACAAAAAUUUAUUCUGAAGGUCUACAAGAAGAUCAAAAAAUAA